CAAAAAUGCGUCUUCCUGUCGCAUUGAUUAACUGGGACCAGGAAAAGGCAUUUGAUCGAGUUAAUCAUAAAUAUCUCUUCGAAGUCCUUAAAGUUUUUGGCUUUGGAAAGAACUAUAUCAGUUGGAUAAAAAUGUUGUAUACCGGAGCAACGUUUAAAAUCCGAAUUAAUGGACAUUCAGCUGAUGAUAUACCAUUUGAAUCAGGUGUAAGACAAGGUUGUUCUUUGUCAGGAGGUAUCUAGAUUCUAUUGGGAAUCUUGGUUCACUCAGAGAGUGGUUCGUUAUAUUCAAUGAUGAAAAGUCAAGAGAAAGUUUCUUGAAAAAUGAUGUGUUAGAAGUAAAUGACCAACAAUUCGAUAUACGCACACCAUUCCAAGAAACAAAAACUAUCCGAUUACUCGGAAUACCAUCAACCGUUAGUGAUGACGUUGUAAGAUCUUUUGUAUCGAAAUGGGGAAUUGUGAUGCAUAUAGAAUGUGAAACACUUCCACACCCAUAUAGACGAAUUAAAACCUUCGUUCGGCGUGUGCGUUUUACGAAUAAAGAAGCGGAACAGAAUGUUCCUAUUUCUAUUAAAAUAGCUGGACUUAGUAUUUCAGUCCAUUUGGAAGGUAGACAACAAGUUUGUUAUCGUUGUAAAGGAAGUGGACAUAUUAAGAAAGAUUGUAAAGUAUCAAAGUGUCGUGUGUGUAAAAGUUUUGGACAUGACGACCCAGAUUGCCAUGUUCAUGCAUCGUAUGCAAAUAUAACCCGUGUAGAUGAUGUUGAUGAUCAAGUAAAUGAUCAAGAUGUUAAUUAUGAGGAACAAGAAUGUUCAGCUAGUUCACAUAAUACUCAUAUGACACCGUCUAAAACGGAUGGCAGUGAUUGUGAUCAUAGUGGACAUGGUUUUAACGAACCAUCAACCUCAUUAUCAUGUAAAAGUCAACCUCAGCCUAGUCCUGCGGAUAUGCAGAACACUGUGAUUGAGCCAGUAACACUACCAACAAUUGUUGACAAGAAUCAACAAAAUGAUCGAUUAUCUAAUGAUGAGAAUUAUAAUAGUUCUGAUGGUUUUCAGAGCGUUUCAAAUGAUUCUGCAUCUAUUAGUAAUGCCGAAUUACAUCAUGUGAGUAAUUCACAAGGAAUGAAACAUGUUGAAAAUUGUUCUCCUGUGUUAGCGUC